CAAAAAUGUGCCAUAAGUACUAAAUUAAGAUUUAAAACUGUAAUUUAAUACGACAAAUCGCAGUAACAAGUCAGUUGCCUUGAGGGCUAAAGUUUUUGUAAAACGCGGCGUGGCCCGCGCGCAAUAAGUUUAAAAUAUAUGUACAAAGUCGAAACCAUUAAAGCUAUAUCAUACAAAUUGUGACAGAACGGAUGAUAGUCACGCCCAAUGAUUUUAUUAAAAAGUGCUAAAAAUCUUAUAAAUCAAUAACUAAAUGCGUCGGAGAUAUUAAGUUUUAUAUCCGGCAUGGUUCAAGGAGGCUUUGAGAGCUGAUGUCAAAAUUGGAUGACAACACAGCACCGACGUGAAUUCACAUAUCUUAGUAUCUACUCUACCAAUUUCAAACAAAUUUAGUAUACAAGGACUGUCGCAAAAGAAAGAGGACUGUUAAAAAAAAAAAACAAAAAAUUAAUAUUUUUCAAAAGUUAUAUUUUUUUAUUCAAAGUAGUUUCCUUGUGCUUCGAUAUAGCGUUUAGCCCGGUCAAUUAGUAUUUCGAAUGAGUGUUUAAGGUCAUUUUUCGGAAUACUCUUGAGAAUAUCGGUCGUCGCCUUUUGGAUUGCUGAAAUGUCCUGAAACCAGUGUCCUUUCGUGGGCAAAUGAAAUUUUCCAAAUAGGUAAAAAUCACAGGGUGCCAGAUCAGGUGAGUAGGUUAAGCGAUUAAUGGUUAAUAUGGAGUUUUUUGCCAAAAAAUCAGUGACAAGCGUCGACCGAUGACACGGCGCAUUAUCGUGCAACAGGCGUCAGGACCCUGCCUCACGGUAUUGUUGUCGAGCACGACGAAUGCGUGACAAAAGACGCUUUAUAACACCAAGUUAAAACACAGCAUUAAUAGUUUGGCCAGGUGGGACGAACUCUCGGUGCACAAUAUCCUCGGAAUCGUAAAAACAAAUCAGCAUUGUCUUUAUUUUUGACUUCUGAAGACGACUUUUUUCGGUGAUGGCUCUCGUCCUCACGACCUUCUUGGAAUCGCUUAAACCACUCACGCACAUUACUACGAGAUAGCAUUGAACUUUUUUCAUGAUUUGAAAUGUUUCAGUAAACGUUUUCCCAAGUUUAAAACAAAAUUUAAUAUUUGCUCUUUGUUCAAAAUGCAUUUUACGACCGAUGACCAAAAGCUGCUUUCACUUUUUGAUCGAUAACAUCGAUUGUAGUUAUCCAAUUGUCUUAAAAUUUUUACGAAAUGUCAACAAGAGAUCAAACGUUUUAUUUCAUAUACCCACUAAUAGGUGGCGUCACCAGAAACAGUUAUAUUUAAAAAGUUCAGUUUCUUUUGCGACAGACCUUGUAUAACAUAGUUAAUUCUAACAUUCCUACGUUACAGUACGUUACUCCUACUUCAUAUAUAGUACAAUUUUUAAUUUCCUCUGCCCGCAAGGUAUUUCAUCUUACAUUCAAAAAUUUUCGAAAUCGGUCUAUAACUUCACAAGAAUCCAGACGCCAAAUAAAAGAUAUUGCUGACUUUUUGCCGAAAAUAUUGGUCAAUCUGUGAGGAACUGUUUCUUUGAUAAUAGUAUACCCUUGUGUCAACUAUGGGUUGAAUCGGAUCAAUACUUCCCUUAGCUGCUAUAUACUUACUAUAAGGAUUUUUAAACAUACAAAUAUCAACAAAUGUGCUAUUUCAAAGAAAUUGAGAAGCGUUUUUUCUAAUAAGACUGAAAAUAGGGCCUUAAAUCGAGUGAAAACUUGCCCUAACCCCCAUUUACCUAAUAUUGUUAUCCAUUCACGAUUUCUUCGAAUAAUGAUUGCCAACACCAACGUAUGUAUAAGUAUUUCGCCGCUUUUACAGUAGAAGAAGAAUUAGAUGUGGUUGUGUAGUAUAAAAUGUUCGGUUACAGCCAAACUUUGCCCUUCGUUAUUUGUUAUUGUUACUCUUUCUUUUAAUUUUGAACCCAUGCUAAUGUUUAGAAAUAUAUACAUAUAUAUAUUUAAACUUUCCUACCCUUUAAGUUCAUUCAACCUGGACACAGAUUGCAAAGUUUUACUAAAAUCAAUUCAGGGACACGUAAAUUAUUUAUAUAUUUAGUGAAAACAACAAACUACGCUAUAAUUUAUAUGAGAUAAACUAGUUAACUGACCGCCUUUUUCCCUUCAGGUGACUAACGUGUUUUACUUGAAGUCCUGAGAAGAUUUUAGUCUAAUUGAUAUUCUUAGGUCCAAAUUCAAAUUGAAAUUUUCCUAUGUCCUCAAAUCAAAUUUAAUUGAAUCAGCGAUAUAACUUUUAAUUUAUAAAGAAGCUGGAAGCUGUAGAAAAAAUGUAUAUAUUUAUGUCUGAUGUUUUUUCUGACUUUUUCGACUUUAAUUAAAAUUGUAAUUGAAAUUUGUAUUUCAGAAGAGUUUUUUUAAGCAAAUUACUUAAUACAAGUAUAUGUGUUUAUAUCAAUAAAAGUGUUUCGUUUGAGCUUGGCCAUAAUGGCUGGCAUUUUUCGUUCAAGUAUUUUUAAAUAUUCUUUGACUACAUUGGUUGUAUAUAUAUAUGGAUGUACUGCGGUCCUUUAAUUUUGUUAUCCAUUUCUCUGUCCCUCUUCGUGCCGUUGCUAGUUCUGACAUUUCUUUGUUCAUCCAAAUGGUUUGUAUGAUAAUAUCGAUUCAUGUUUCAGGGCAGCUAUCGGGUUUCCAAUUGAAUACAUUCACAUUGCUAUCGACAAACAAUAAAAACAUGUCAUUAUAGAGCAACACCACCUUUCCGUAACAGGAUGCACAGAAUACUGAAAGUAAAUAGUUGCACAAAUAGGGUCUGGGGUUGAUGCCAAUACGUAUGUACCUCCAAUCCUCCUCUUCCUCUUCACAAGCAUACGUGCGUUUGCGUUGAUUCCCUCUUAACUUUCAUAACCUAGACCAAACAAUUUUAUAAUAUUUUGCUUGGAUGCGACUGCGGCGGAGAUAGUGGUCGGUAGUUAGUUCAAUCGCUCGUCCUGUCGCUUCUGGUUGCUUACAAGCUGCUGAAGCUUCAUUGUCGCCUUGCUAUCAUUAUCGUCACCAUUAUCGCCAACAAUGACUUGGUUAUGUCUACAUACAUACAUACAUGCAGUCAUACAAUAUUUGCCUGCCCAAUAAACACAAAAACUACGCGCCGCUCUUUAAAAUAAAGUGUUGCACAUAUUUUUGCUGUUGCAUUCAACAUAACUUCGAAAGAAUUGUUUAUCUGACGAUUCUCCUUCAUUUCAUCCGGGCCAUGUUCUAAGUAGAUAUUUUUCCAAAAUGUAGGAUAAAACCUAUUGAAAAAGAAAGAUAAAAUAACGAAAAUAAAAUGCAAAUGAUGGCGAUCUGAGAUCCGGAAGAGGAAAAUGGGGGUGGUCGAAUUUUUAAGAGUUAAGAACCAUUUAUCCCGAUUUCUGGUAAAAGUACUGGUCCUUUGGAAAAAAGUUAUAUGGCAAGGUUUUCUAAAAAAUUUUGUUUAUACCUUUUUCACUUACUUUAAAAUUUAUGUGAAAAAUUAAAAUAACAAAUUUUUGGCUUUGUAUUUUUAUUUUAGCCUUUUUAUUUUAGGCUUUUAUAUUUCCCAAAUAUUCUGUCAUUUUUUUUUUAUUUAAAACUAGUCUAAACCCGCUCGCUCCUCGUUGUCAAGGAUAUCACUUAUGUAUACGAGGGCUGCUAUAUAUAUUUCUGGCCUUUUCGAGCCUUUUUUUGAGCGAUUGUCAAAUUGUGCGGGAUCCAACGAGAACAAACCUUUUUUACGGCCAGGUGUUCAUGCAAUAUGGAAUUUAUGCUGGUGGGAGAAAUGCAUAGGCAUGCCUCUAUCUGAAGGUAUGUUACAUGACGGUCUUGCAUUAUCAGUUCACGUACGGCAUCGAUGUUUUCUGGCACAAUGGCUGUUUUUGGACGACCUUCACGGAAUUCGUCUUUGAGCGAGCGUCGGCCACGAUUGAAUUCGUUGUACCAGUUUUUCACAGUGCUAUAGGAUGGUGCUUCAUAGCCAUACAAAGAUUUUAGUUCAUCGAUGCACUCUUGUCGUGAUAAUCCACGUCGAAAGUUGUGAAAAAUGAUCGCACGAAAACGUUCACGAGUUAAUUCCAUUUUUUGGCCGAGAUGAAUUUUUUAAUUCCCUGUAAAUAAAACAAUUCACGAUUAAAUGACAAAACGUUCUGAGUGAUGUUAUGCUGAAAAAUGUCAAACUUUCCAAUGGAAAUGUCAGAUUGCACCUGGCAACACUUAGUGUUGCCUAGUCCAGAUAUAUAUAUAGCAGCCUACGUAUAUGCGUCUUGUUAUAGUGAAUAACAGUGCAGGAGUAGAGCAGAAGAGAGUCCCUCAGCCUAUAUCUAAUCAUAUGGUAACGUUGUUCAACAUUCAUCGAAUUUAAUUGCAAAAUCGACGGCUAAAACCCAGACACUACACGUAAGACAGACUUGAUCUUUCCUUUUGAAUAUUGAAUUGUUCUGUGCAAUUCUUCAGGAAUAUUUGUCAGAUAUUAUGCACUCAUCUCAAAUUAUGAUUCAACUUUUUCUUGAUCAGUUACACCUAUGUAUGUAUCACUAUAAUGAGUAUGUAAACAAAAACCACCAUACCAUACCAGUAGCUGUGUGUUGUUAUUUUGUUUUUUUGAAGUAAAAAAAUAGUCAAAGGAUUCUCCCAUGAAUAUUGAACAAAUGCUUAUGUUUUGAUAUGCAAGUAAAUAUAUUUUUAUUUUUGAAUUGUUGUGACUUUUGACAUAAAAUGAUGAAAGUAGCCUAUGCCCAUCCCGAGGUUCCAAGCUACCUCAUCACCAAUAUAGACAUAAAUUGAGAAAUCGUGAGCAAAGGCCAAAGAUAGCACCUUCUCCAGGACUAAAGGAAAAUUUUCACUUUUUUCCGUGCUGUGGUUCGGUCGUAAAUCGCGGACAUACAAAAUAUGAGUUUCAUUCUUAUACUUAUAUAAUAUAUUUAUUUUCCAAAAAAAUUUGACUUAAUAUCGAAAUAUCCCAUGAUACAACGAAAAGGUCCACGUCAAAAUAACUACUUUUCCAAAAAGUCGGUCUUUGUUGAAUUAGUUUUGUUUAUUGGGUAGAGUAUCAUCUGUGCCCUGCGGAAUACGGUAUCAACUUUUCCUUUCCCAAUUGUAAAUUAGGAUUACAUCUACACCAAGCUUUCGUAGCAGCCUUUUUUGAUCAAUUUAACUGUUUUAUUAUUUCUCUUUUAUCUGCAUAUCUACUCAAUUGACUCGUUUACACAACCAUUUCGGGGCAUUGUUUGCAACCACAAUACUUGGUGUUUACGGACGUUCAUUAAAAUGCAGCUGUUAUAGUACCAUUUUACCGAAAAUAUUCUCAAAAACCCAAUUAUUGAUGACAUCCAAGACAUUUCGUCGAUAAUUGAUAAGGCAAAGAGAGGGGUCGUUAGGUAUCUGCGGGGGAAUAGUUACAACAAACAAAUCACACACAUAACCGUUUGGUAGCGGAAAUACAUACAUAUGUAUAUCUACUCUAAAUAAUGACAGACGAAUGCUGAAUCUAUUUAUGUAUAUCUACGCCAUGAACUUCAGCUAUCUUUUGCAAAGUCAUAGAGACACACAGCAUAAAAGUGUCCCCAAGUCCACUUUCCAGUGUGACUGCAUGCCAUAUACCUGUACAUAUGUAUAUGUAUGUAUGUAUAUAGUAUGGGUGUCUGAGUUUGUGUUUAUACACAUUAUGUCAGAAUCUGAAUUGCAUGUGGAUUUGAACUCGAGUUAGCGCUAAGCUGGAUUUAAUGGAUGGAAGGAAUGCAAAUGCCAAUAAGGAUAGGAAGAAUACACCGUAAUUUUGAUGUUGCUGUCGAUGACGUUGUGGACAAACUACCGACCGUUAUAAAUAACAAUGAAAUUCAAAUUUCGAAUAAUGAUGUGCGCCCGACCACUAGCUGCCCUCUGCACUGCUCUGGAGGAGCAUAAGCCUGUAUGCAUUUAUGUAAUAUUUGAUCCGCAUUUCAUUCACACCGACACAUCGACAUGCAUCACAGUCGACACGUUUGUACUGACGCCAACCACAUGGCUGCGUACGCACACACAGCUGUGUACAUUCUGGAACAGAUUUAUCUUCUGUGCUGUCAAUUUGCUAGUUUUGCUAUGCUUUGACUAGUAUUAUUUCGGCUGGAGAGCUGUGGUCAGUUGUUGUUGGAUUCAAUUUUAUUUGUAGAUGGGGGAGUACAUAUGCAUCUGCAUAGCAAACGCACUAGUAUCUGGUGUGACAGAGCUGAUUAUGAUGCAGGUGCCAAUUUAUUCUGUGGAUGUGAAUGGGGUUUCAUUUUAACGACAAGGAUGACGUUAAUAUGCGAUGUUCCGGAUGAUUUGUAGCAGGUGUUCUGUGUAUUGCAUAACCAGUGCCGGUUGUUUCAAUUCAUUCGGUGCCCCUGGCAUUAUCACCACAAUGUAUCUUUAGGGAUAAGCCGCUUUUCUCAUAAUAGAAAUAGCAAAAAUAUAUAAGAUCAUAUGGUCGAAGUAUGCAGUGGGUCGCAAUCGGUGACCCAACAGUAUCAUUAACGAUUUAUCCAAAUUGAAAUUAAUACCACACGCCGUCACACCUUCCCAAAGUGAGCAACAUUACAUUUUCUGCAAAGAAUUUCUAAAUGUUUAUUAACUUGAUGUCAACGUAAUGGAUGCCGUGUUUGCUAACUUCAAACAAUUAGCUUAACAUAGAGACCCAUUCAGAACAACAAAUAAAUUUGACAAAUAAAUGGCCCUCUAAACCAUGUUUCUGUUUAAGAAUAAUUUAAGAAUGUUAAUAGCAAAAAAUUUGUGGCGCUGAAAUGGGAUAUCUAAAUAUUUUCUUCUUCGGAGACGUAUAAUUACAAAACGACUCUCCAAACGAUGGUUGUGAAAAAUUAUUUAGCCUUGUGACAAGAAAACUUGCAGGUAAAACUACUUAUGUCAAUGUAGCUUUGGUACGCUAGGUUCAUGACAACAACAAGAAGUUUUCUGCCGAAAACGCUACAGUGCAAGAGCAAUGCACAGUUUCUUUAGAAACCCGAUUAUGUCUUCUCCUUGAGGUUAAUACAUAUGUCUUCACGCUGUUGCCAGCUGCACGGAAAAGGCAACAAAUUAGCUGUCAGCAGGACAUCGCAAAGUAACAAAACACGUGUUUUAAAUGGAACUUUCAUCUGCCUCAUUUCACCACUUUUGCAUGUUGUUGAUGCUAAAUAACGAACCUUGCUUGAAUAUGGAUGGAUAAAUGUAGGGGUGUGCAUUCUUUUUUUGCCGGUAUUCAUACAUACAUACUUGGAGAUAAACGCAUGUCAGCAUAUACAAAUGAUAAAUAAAUAAGUAACAUGGAAAAGCAACACGCUCGACUUAUAAUGUAAAGCAGCUUUAGCGAAGGUUACUACAAGGUUACUAUUGCCUUCCACUCAGUCCCCGUAAACACAGAAAACGCAUGUCACUCAGCGUUGCCACACGGCAAAGUCAUUAUAAUUGCACUGAAAAUUUAUCGGUAUUAACUUAAAACCAGAAGAAACAUUAACUUCGGCUGGUCCAAAGCUAUAAUACCCCUCAGUUUGUAUGUAAUAUUUAUAGUAUACUAUUCCAAUAUCGGUGGUUCCGAAAAAUGAGCAGCAUCUUGAAAAGAAAUGGACGUCUGCAAGUUUUAGAAUGCUAUUUCAAAAACUAAGGGACUAUUUUGCAUAUAUACAGACAGACGGACUAGCGGACGUUUUAUAUCGUCUCCGAUGUUUCCUUCUGUGAGUUAUGAACAUUGUGGCAAAAUAAUACAAAUUAAUAAGUUGUUUUGUUUUUGAGUAACCACGGGCAACUACGGGCAACUGCCUGUGGUCGACUGCCUCGUUUUCUUUAUUACAUUUUCUUAAAUACAAUAUUUUGCUUAAGCCUAGAUACAAAUAUUAAUCUUACAUUCUAGGAAGUAUAUCUACAAUCCACUUGAGAUAGGACAUAUGUAGGACAUAUGUUACAAGUGGAAAGAUUCAUCUUACAAUCUAUGAGUUAUAUUUUUGGACCACCUAGGGCGGACAGUAUUAGGAAAGUACCAUAUGGGUUACAUAUUUAUAACAGAAAUACAAUAUGUUCAUGUAAUAUGAACUGGUGGUAUUAACUCCCCCACCUCUAAAUUGAAGCGUCCCGAUUCAAAUAGAUAUAGUAUGUGAGGCUAUAAACUAAUUUAUCAAUUUGAACAGUACUAUUUUGAAAUCUUAAUUUAUUUUACAAUUUAUUUAAAUUUGAUCGAAGAUAAACGAUACAUUUCAUAUUAUUUUCGACUUUUUAUUAUUUUUUGAUAGAAGUCUUUUUAUAUGUGACAUCAUUUAUUGUUAUAUUACCUGAAUACAUUUCAGCAAUUUUUUCUUUUACAUUAUUGAAAUUAUUUUUUUGGAGUAUAUUUUUUUAUUCUAUUGUCGGUAUUAUCUCUUCGACUGGCGUCUUAGGAUUUUCUUGUCCCAAGUAUUUUAAAUUUUGUAUAUUUAUAUUUCUAUUUGGCUUUUCGCCAUUCUUUUUUGUUUUAUUUUGCCGGUAAAAUCUUCGGCUGGCGUUGUAGAACUUGUUUGUUCCACAAUUUUAAAGUAUUUUUUUAUUUUUAGUAUUGCCGGUACUUUCUCCGGCUAGUGUCUUAGAAUUGUCUUGUCCCAAGUAAUAUACAUUUUCUAUUUUAAUAUUUUGAUAUGUUUAUAUAUUUAUAUUUAUUGUUUAUAUUUAUUUUAUAUUUUUUUCCAUUAUUUCUGUUUUAUUUUGCCUUUACUUCGGCUGGAGUUGUAGAACAUUUUCGUUCCACAAUAUUCUUUUAUAAUUCUUCGUUUUACUCUGCUGGUAUGAAUCUUCAGCUGGCGUUUUAGGACGUUUUUCUCCGAAAAAAUUUGUUUAUAUUUUAAUAUAUAUAUGUAAUUUUAUAUUUUUUACCAUUAUUUUUAAUUUUAUUUUGCCGGUAAAAUCUUCGGCAGGCGCUUCAGGAGUCUCUGCUCCCAAAAAAUGAUGUUUUUCUUACAUUUAACUUUAUUUUUCAGUUUUUUUAUAUAUAUUUGUGAGUUUCAUGAAAUAUAUAGUAAUACUCACAAAAAUAUAGUUAAAUUUCGUUUUGCAUGCAUAUUAAAAAUAUUUAAAUGGCAUAUAUUUUGUAGCCUGUCUGUAUUUAAAUAUAUGUUUUGAUCUUUUCCGGGAAAAGAUACUCUUUUAUUCUGGAGGGUCUGGAGUUCAGAAUCGCAGAACUGAGUUUAUAUUAUAAACCGGAGGGUCCCCCUUGCGGUAGUGAAUCGCGGUUUUAAAAAUAUUUUAUUAUUUGGCUGGUCGAGCCUUCAUUUAAAAUUUUUAAUAUUUAAUUUGAUAUAAUUUGUAUAUAUUUGAUAUACAAUUUUUUUUAUUUUUAUUUUUAAACACAGACAGUUGUGAGUGUCAUGAUUAUUAUUUUUAUAAUACUAAAACAACAUAACUAAACAUUUUGUACUUAAUGCAAUUAAUUAAUAUAAGAGCUACUUACAACUAUUUUGUUGUUGUUGAAUUUGAUGCUGCUGUUGAAUAUGUUGUUGUUGUUGUUAAUCAGGUUGCUGCCUUUAAAAUUUGUUACUGCUAUUUCUGUUGCUGCUUUUACUGCUACUGCUGUUGCGUACGUUUGUUUGCUGUUCGCCCGUAAUACGUGGCGCGUUCGAUUGGCAGUUGGCACAAACACACACUCGAAAUUUUUUCAAUAUUUUUCUAAGUGGCGCUGAGAUUUUUUUGUUUAUGUGUCUCUUUUUGGAAUUAGCGUUUUUUCAAAAUUUUUUGUUUUUACUUUUUUGUUGUAAUGCGUUGCUUGUUGUUGUUUAUGAGGUGCUGUAUUCUUUUGCUGGAGCUCUUGCCGUCGUCCUUGAAGACAUCAAUUUAUCCGUAUGUGUAAAGUUGCUGCUCUACCACAGUCAGUUCAUGUUCAAUACACAGAACUUGCCAAUUUCGGUUUGUUUUUCUCUUUUCUCCUCAGUAGAGGAUACUUGAUUUAUUUUUCGACGGUAACACGGGGAUUUUUGGUCCCCUUAAACAGUUACCGCCUAAUCUUAUUGUUUCAUUUUGGUCCAACAGGAGUUUUGCGAUACUCCUGGCAGGAUCGCCAAUUAAUAAGUUGUUUUGUUUUUGAGUAACCACGGGCAACUACGGGCAACUGCCUGUGGUCGACUGCCUCGUUUUCUUCAUUACAUUUUCUUAAAUACAAUAUUUUGCUUAAGCCUAGAUACAAAUAUUAAUCUUACAUUCUAGGAAGUAUAUCUACAAUCCACUUGAGAUAGGACAUAUGUAGGACAUAUGUUACAAGUGGAAAGAUUCAUCUUACAAUCUAUGAGUUAUAUUUUUGGACCACCUAGGGCGGACAGUAUUAGGAAAGUACCAUAUGGGUUACAUAUUUAUAACAGAAAUACAAUAUGUUCAUGUAAUAUGAACUGGUGGUAUUAACUCCCCCACCUCUAAAUUGAAGCGUCCCGAUUCAAAUAGAUAUAGUAUGUGAGGCUAUAAACUAAUUUAUCAAUUUGAACAGUACUAUUUUGAAAUCUUAAUUUAUUUUACAAUUUAUUUAAAUUUGAUCGAAGAUAAACGAUACAUUUCAUAUUAUUUUCGACUUUUUAUUAUUUUUUGAAAGAAGUCUUUUUAUAUGUGACAUCAUUUAUUGUUAUAUUACCUGAAUACAUUUCAGCAAUUUUUUCUUUUACAUUAUUGAAAUUAUUUUUUUGGAGUAUAUUUUUUUAUUCUAUUGUCGGUAUUAUCUCUUCGACUGGCGUCUUAGGAUUUUCUUGUCCCAAGUAUUUUAAAUUUUGUAUAUUUAUAUUUCUAUUUGGCUUUUCGCCAUUCUUUUUUGUUUUAUUUUGCCGGUAAAAUCUUCGGCUGGCGUUGUAGAACUUGUUUGUUCCACAAUUUUAAAGUAUUUUUUUAUUUUUAGUAUUGCCGGUACUUUCUCCGGCUAGUGUCUUAGAAUUGUCUUGUCCCAAGUAAUAUACAUUUUCUAUUUUAAUAUUUUGAUAUGUUUAUAUAUUUAUAUUUAUUGUUUAUAUUUAUUUUAUAUUUUUUUCCAUUAUUUCUGUUUUAUUUUGCCUUUACUUCGGCUGGAGUUGUAGAACAUUUUCGUUCCACAAUAUUCUUUUAUAAUUCUUCGUUUUACUCUGCUGGUAUGAAUCUUCAGCUGGCGUUUUAGGACGUUUUUCUCCGAAAAAAUUUGUUUAUAUUUUAAUAUAUAUAUGUAAUUUUAUAUUUUUUACCAUUAUUUUUAAUUUUAUUUUGCCGGUAAAAUCUUCGGCAGGCGCUUCAGGAGUCUCUGCUCCCAAAAAAUGAUGUUUUUCUUACAUUUAACUUUAUUUUUCAGUUUUUUUAUAUAUAUUUGUGAGUUUCAUGAAAUAUAUAGUAAUACUCACAAAAAUAUAGUUAAAUUUCGUUUUGCAUACAUAUUAAAAAUAUUUAAAUGGCAUAUAUUUUGUAGCCUGUCUGUAUUUAAAUAUAUGUUUUGAUCUUUUCCGGGAAAAGAUACUCUUUUAUUCUGGAGGUUCUGGAGUUCAGAAUCGCAGAACUGAGUUUAUAUUAUAAACCGGAGGGUCCCCCUUGCGGUAGUGAAUCGCGGUUUUAAAAAUAUUUUAUUAUUUGGCUGGUCGAGCCUUCAUUUAAAAUUUUUAAUAUUUAAUUUGAUAUAAUUUGUAUAUAUUUGAUAUACAAUUUUUUUAUUUUUAUUUAUAAACACAGACAUUUGUGAGUGUCAUGAUUAUUAUUUUUAUAAUACUAAAACAACAUAACUAAACAUUUUGUACUUAAUGCAAUUAAUUAAUAUAAGAGCUACUUACAACUAUUUUGUUGUUGUUGAAUUUGAUGCUGCUGUUGAAUAUGUUGUUGUUGUUGUUAAUCAGGUUGCUGCCUUUAAAAUUUGUUACUGCUAUUUCUGUUGCUGCUUUUACUGCUACUGCUGUUGCGUACGUUUGUUUGCUGUUCGCCCGUAAUACGUGGCGCGUUCGAUUGGCAGUUGGCACAAACACACACUCGAAAUUUUUUCAAUAUUUUUCUAAGUGGCGCUGAGAUUUUUUUGUUUAUGUGUCUCUUUUUGGAAUUAGCGUUUUUUCAAAAUUUUUUGUUUUUACUUUUUUGUUGUAAUGCGUUGCUUGUUGUUGUUUAUGAGGUGCUGUAUUCUUUUGCUGGAGCUCUUGCCGUCGUCCUUGAAGACAUCAAUUUAUCCGUAUGUGUAAAGUUGCUGCUCUACCACAGUCAGUUCAUGUUCAAUACACAGAACUUGCCAAUUUCGGUUUGUUUUUCUCUUUUCUCCUCAGUAGAGGAUACUUGAUUUAUUUUUCGACGGUAACACGGGGAUUUUUGGUCCCCUUAAACAGUUACCGCCUAAUCUUAUUGUUUCAUUUUGGUCCAACAGGAGUUUUGCGAUACUCCUGGCAGGAUCGCCAAUUAAUAAGUUGUUUUGUUUUUGAGUAACCACGGGCAACUACGGGCAACUGCCUGUGGUCGACUGCCUCGUUUUCUUCAUUACAUUUUCUUAAAUACAAUAUUUUGCUUAAGCCUAGAUACAAAUAUUAAUCUUACAUUCUAGGAAGUAUAUCUACAAUCCACUUGAGAUAGGACAUAUGUAGGACAUAUGUUACAAGUGGAAAGAUUCAUCUUACAAUCUAUGAGUUAUAUUUUUGGACCACCUAAGGCGGACAGUAUUAGGAAAGUACCAUAUGGGUUACAUAUUUAUAACAGAAAUACAAUAUGUUCAUGUAAUAUGAACUGGUGGUAUUAACUUACACCCUGUUCAAGGUAGCAAUAUACAUAUGUAGUUCUGGGUUUGAACUUAUAAUGAAAUUAUAAGGCCACAUUAUGAGAAAUUAUUUUUCAAUGGUUUGUAAUCUACAAGUUUUUAUGACCAUGAAUAGGAAUUGACGUAAUUUAAAAAUGAGUGAACAAAAUCUUUUUGCGAUAUGUCAACUGGCGGGAGGAGCAAAGCAAAUUCGGAUGUGCGUCAACUAUUCGCAUUAAUUUAAGGUCUCCGUAUGCAACAACUUUGUAACCAACGACCCCUGGAUAUGCCACAAAUCACCAUAAAUAUGUUCGUGCAUUCGCACAAAAUGGGAUCCCAACGAAGGAGCAUGUAUUGAGAUUGAAAAUUAAAGAGUAGGGAUGGAUUUUUGCGAGUGUGGACGGGCUGAAUGAAAGCAAGCUGAACAGUUACAUGCUUGAUAUGCUGUUUACAAUGCUUACGACACGACACGACAGAACGACAGUGAACUGAAAAUGGCGUUGUGCAUCCUACUACAUGAACAAGACAACACAGCUCUCCAUUUUGCAUGUACACAAUUUCGUUGUGGCCAUACUAAUACCUUGUCUUCAAUGAAAAUUUAAUAUUUGGUUCAAAGUGAAAUUUUUUGUGCAACAAAUAAGUAAAUAGGUAAAUUUAUUUGUUUUAAAUUAUCAAUUGUUAUUACAAAGGGUAACAUAGAGCUAUAAUAGAGCUAUUUUAUGCUUUUAUUUGUAAAAUAACGUCAAGUUUGUAAGAGCUGUGAAUAAUUUUACAUUUUACAUAUUAGUGGCAUCACCCCUCUUCCUCAUCUCUCUAUCUUCCAUUCUACUGUCAACUCUACUGUCGUUGGCAAAUAUAUGAGAAUAUUGAAGUUAGCGAGAACGACAACUGUCGUUGUAGUCGUGUCGUCGUCAAAAUAACAGUCUCCAUAAGAACGUGUGUAUUUUAAUAUUUGACAGAUGUCGUUUGUCGUCUGUCGUCGUAUUGUAUUCAGCACUUGAGAACCUAAAACUGCAAACUUGAAACCGCAACAAAAACAACAGCAGUUGUUGUGCUGCCUUGUUGCCAUUUCUACAAUAACUAUAAUGAGAGCAAGAACGAAGCAGCUACCGCAACGACUGUGUGCUUACAACGAACAACACAACAACACCAAGAGCGAUACGAGAAGUGCCAGUGCAGCAACACGUGGCGACCAGCGAGUAAACCAAUGCAUAUGGAUAACAACUUCACCAUGUUGAUACAACAAUGGCUAGAGCAACAAUAUUAUGGCGUAUAUGUAUAAGUUGCUAAAAGAAAUCAAAGUUUGAAAACAAAACAAUGUCAAACCGCUCGAUAUUGCCGAUGCCUUGCAGGAAAAAUUUUCGAUAGGGAUUAUUAUACAAAAUUUCGAAAUUUAGAAAACCAAAAAUAAAACUUUAAAUAAAAAAUAGUGUUUCGUAAGUUAUCAAUUAAUUCGAAAUACUAUUGAAAAGUAAAUCGAAAUUUUAAAGGACCUUAUAGAAUGACUUUAUCGCCAUGGAUUACAACUAUGUUGAAUAAUAAAAAUCAGGUUUUCUAAAGCGAAAAACUUUAGUGACUCCUUAAACUUGAAUUAUUCUCAAAAUGUUGAAAUAAAAUUGCUAUAGGGAAGAACAAGAAAGGGUGCCAUAUGGAGAAGAAUAAACAUAACGUUAGAAACUCUCGCCGUUAAUAGUAAAACUUGUUAUUAAGAGCAAGAUCCCAUUCAUAAAUAUUUUCUCACGUUUGGAAGUGUAUUUGUUUAUCGCAUUUUUCAGUACUAACUAGCCGUUUACACAUUACACCCUAACAAAUCUUUGUUUCCACUUUCAACACGCCAAUGCCAUUAAAACGACAGUCCGGUCUAUGUAACCGAAACGGACGUGGAUUUUUCUAAAAAUACACCAUUUUUCAUAUAAACAGUCGAGAAUUGUAAAACCUUUGAAAUAAAUUGCAUAUUAUUUAUUUAAUCUGAACUGCACCUUAAUAAAACAUUUCAAGAAGGAUAGAGAACAGAAGAAAUACAAUAAGUUAACACGGAGAGACAGAUAAAGAUGUUUUCAAAUCUACGAAGCCGUAGAAAUGCAUAAUAGUUUCUAAAGCGCUGUGACGCAUUCACGAGCUUUCCGAUUUUAGCUGUAACAGGUAAUAAAAGGCACCACUUUAUUCUUCUUUCAUGUUAACGAUACAGUUGUAAAUGCUCUCUCUUCGCUAUUUGUAUGCAACGCAACAAUAACGCAUUGCAGGUGGAUGUAAACGGAACCGCAACCAGCAAAUGGUGCAUUCUUCUUUAAAAUACACCAACACAAAACACAAACACUCAUAUAAUCGCCCGCGCAUACAUACGAUAUCGAUAUUUAUGAUAGAAAUUCUUAUUCAGUCCCAAAAUGUUUCACAUCUGAUGCUACAUUUUGUUUUGUGUAAAAAGGAUUGACAGCUUUCGGCAUUGACUGAAUGAAUUUAUGAUUUAUUGCAUUGCACCAAUUGAUUCUGCACCACUUUGUGGUACACACAGUAGAUUUCGCUCUGUUACCGUCGGAAAGCCGUACACCCGGUUUGGUUUUUGCAUUGGCGAUGAUUUGUUGCAAACAAAAUACGUUUAACAGAAAGAACGCGUGAUGACACGUGAUACACAUUAUAGGCCAUAAUUGUAAAUUAUUAAGGAGAUUUUUGAAAGCUCAUGCUUAAUUCUAAAAAUGCAGUUCGGUAAGGUAGGUUUCAAAGUAGCAAAGAUAAAAUUGCCUAUUUUUAAGUAAAGUUAUAAAAUGAAUGUUGGCUUCGUAACUAUAACAGCCCGGAUCGAAUCGCCAAAAUGCUCUAAAACGAACUCUAUUAUAAUUUUAUGUUAUUCUUAGUAGUAAAGCACUUCAAAUCAAAAUGUAUUUAGUUUUGUAUUUGAAUGCAAUUAUCUACCCAAUUGCUUAAGUCAACUAUUUUGUACUUUUACAUAUGUAUGUAUAUUUAAAAAUGUGUCAGCACAUAUAACGGCGUAAAUAUAUUUGAAAACACGUUUUAUCAAAGUAUUUAAAAAGUAAGGAUUUGUUUACUUUUUUAGAAAAAGUUUGUUUGAUUUUUCUAUUAGAUAAACACUUUCAUAAAUAAGUUGAAAAUAAAUUACUAAAGUUUCUUUAAGAACAUUUAACGUUUUUGAAUUUCGUAACUAGCUAUCACUAUAACAAGGACUGGUAAUAAUAAGCAUUUGCGCAGCGGCCGGUUUCCGUAUAUAAUGCAAAUUUUAGUAUACGGUUACACAGUGGCUGCUUUAGUUACACACAACUUUAUUUUUGAUUAAAUUUCUAAGCCCUUUUAAACAUAAUAUUUUUUUGAUUCUAAAAUUGAUUUUACACUCCGCAGUUUGAAUUACUUACGGUUUGAAUUCAACAUUGAUAAUUUCGAAACUUAAUAAAUAAAUUUCUGCGAAAGACGCUCCUUUACAAAUACAUAUGUACAUAUGUAUAUCUUUUGUAGCAAACCCAUGUGCAAAUACAUGGCUUAUAUUAUUCACGACAUUUACUCCAAUACUAAUAAUAAUGUGUGCUUGUUUGUAAAUGUGUUUGUUAGUGUAUUAUUACACGCGGCAACAAAAGUUGCUAAUUCUCGGGCGAUUCUCUUUUGCUGUCGCCCAUUACCUUCACACGAGCAACUUGUGUUGCGCAACUCUGUUCGAGUUUUUUUCUCAUUCUCUUUCACUUUACUUUAACCCAUUGUCUACUCUUUACUUUAACCCAGUGGUUCCCAAACUUAUUUUGUCUACCGCCCACUUUGAGAAUAAAUAUUUUUUUAGCGCCCCCAUUUUUUCACCUAUUUAAAAACCACUAUAACUUCAAAUUAAUUAUUGUGACCUAUAUAUGUAUGUAUAUUAACGGAGAAUUCUAAACGAAACUUUUACUAUAACCAGCUACUUGAAACCUGAGCGCAGUAGGUAACAUACAACGGCGCUUAGGUCUCAAGUUAACUCUUACGGGCUCCACCUGCCAAUAAGAAUGAUUAUUGAAACACAACUUUAUAGUAUUAAAACAGAGAAUCUUUUAUUAAAAAUUAAACUAAAAUAAUCGAUCCAUAUAUAAAAACUAAUGUGAAGAAUGAAUCUGAUGCUCUUUAAUAAGUUUGUUAAUAUCAGGUUAUUAUUUACUCAAGAACCGUCGCAAGUCGCCACGUUCGGCAAGCAAACGAUUUCUAUUUUUAGUAAGCAGUGUUGUUACAGCACUAAAUCCACGUUCACACAAAUAUGACUAUUGGAAUGCUAUCAAGAAUCGUAAAAGGAUUGACCACAAUCCAGGGUACAAUUGCGAGAUCGGUUUUUGUAGCCAAAAUUCUUGGAACCAUUUUUGAACUUGAUUUUUAUUUCCUCGUUUGUUGUCAAUUCUAUAAGUUCUUCUUCCAGCUGAGGUGACAUUGCUGUGUUGACAUUUGAAAACGGAUCCAACACCCAGUCUGAUAUCUUUAGUUUCCAAGAACUAAUCUAUCAUUCAAAGAGCUGUUGCGGAUUUUAUUGACUGCUUUGAUGACAUAUUGCAGUGAUUGAAAUAGUUUUUCAGUUAAGUUUCUAGCAACUAAAUGUUGUCUAUGAAUAACGCAAUGUACGCCAAGGACAUCUGGAAUUUUAUUUCUUAAGUGCGCUAUUAAGCCUUUAUGGCACCCUAUCAUAGCCGGAGCGCCAUCCGUAGCAAUUGAAAUAAUAUUUUUCAAAGGAGUCUCUUUCUCAUCGCAAAACUUUUCCAAUAUAUUGAAUAUGGUUUCGCCUUUUGUAUCGAUCUCUAAAUUUCUGGCAAAUAAUUAUUUAUUAUAAUAGUUCUUCUCAUAUUUUCUCAUCUCUACGCCUCUUUCUACACAACGCCUCCAUUUUCUUUCUGGGUCUCUUACCGCCCCCCUUGACACCAGCAGCGCCCACAAGGGGGCGUUAUCGCCCACUUUGGAAAACACUGCUUUAACCCAUUGUCGUUUCUUUUUCCUUAUAGGUAUUUGGGCCACUCUAUCACAUAUAUUAAUCAGUUCUGUCAAUUAAGAAAUACAUUUUAUUUAUAAUUCAAAAUUAAAACGAAGAUUAUAUGACAGACUUUCACAUACAUAUAUCACCCUUUUCACUAUCGUCUGAAUUAAUUUGUAUCGCUUUCUCCAUACAUUUCACAAUUUUUUGGUCAUACUCCAUUUUCUAAAAUAUUUUUAUUAUAUUAUCUAUAUCUGUAUACAUAUUUGCAAAUUACUUGCCAAAAGAUGAAAUUACAUUUUUUAAAUAUAUUCAAAAUAUUAAUUUGAAAAAAAUAUACUCAAAUGCAACUGUACUACGAAAGAAAGAACACAAAUGCCGAAAAACGUCGCAGCAAACUGUUACGAAUAAGAACACAAAGCGAGUUGCUGAACACUGGAAACUCGGCGCUAUUCUCCUCUCCUCGUCGCCCCCUCGCCUAUAAACCAAGAGUUGCCGCAACAAAAGUUGCCGCGUGUAAUAAUACACUUAGCACGUAUGUACAUAUGUAUGUACAGUAAAUAAAAUAAAUUAUAUUCCCAAUUCAUACCGACAGCUAUUUCAAUACGUUGGUCCAAGUACAAACACAUAUCUGCAUACAUAUACAAUCAUAUUAUAAAAUGUCGUUGAAAUGCACGAUUUUUCUCCUAUUUUCCUGUCCCAUCAUUUUUUCGCUCUUUGGAUUUUAAAGUGACCAAACACUUUAUUUACGCUCCAAAUAACAGUGAAAGAAGAUAUGUAUACGUUGCGGUAAAAUAAAAUCGCCGCACCAUUUUUUUGCUUAUACAAAGUAUACAAUUUUUUAAAUAAGCCAGUAUUUAUCCCACAUUUUCACAUUUGCCUUCCUCCGCAACCGUAUAAAUGCCAUUGAAUACGAAAUUGAAUGCACUUUGCUUUCAAUAAAAUUAUUAUAUUUUUAUUUUAUUAUUAUUUGAUGGUGUGUGUACAAAGUAUUUGAUGUUUACAUGUGUUGGUGGCGUGCAAAGCGGCGAGUUUUUUAACACAGUGUGUUUGUUGUAUUGAAAUGUCUUUUUAUGUACUUUUUGCACUUUUACGCAGUUUCCUGCUAUUUACAUGUGUGCGCGUUGAAUUAAACGCUUAACUAGGAUUUUUGCAUUUUCAUUGAAUUUAACUGCAAACUCACGCAGAAUAAAUUCUAUUAAAUUCACAUACAUAUACAUAUACACAUGUAUAGACCAAACUGAGCAAAUGGGCUGUGGGACAUCGAAAUUCUUUCAUGUGAUUUUCUAAAUGCCAACGUAAUUGGUGCUCUUAGCAAUAGCAGAACUAUGCAUUUCAAAUGUUGAUAACGAAAAUAUCAACGAAAUUAUGCAAUAUCUAGUCAGUUUUUGCACCGAUUACAUAAAUUGAAAAUCCUUUGCGUAAACUUGAUUGAGGUGUUGAAUUGUAAAUAAUGAAGCAAAAUGGUAAAAAAAUUUUAACUCGUUAUUUUUGUUUAUUAAAAUAAAAUAAAUCUAAAGCUGAUUAAGAAUAGAUAUGAGAUUUGUUAAUUUAAUUAAGCUGGUCGAACUCGACUUUCCAAUUCCAAUAUUUUUAUUUGUAAAUAGCAUUCGAAGCUUUUUCAAAUUAGAAACUGCUCACUUGGGCCAUCGUGCAUUAACCUAUUCAACAUCUUCUUAAAUUUAUGUUUGGGAAACUUUGACUAAAUCUUUGCCCUGAAAUCGGAUUAAAACUUCGCCCUUUCCGAAGUAACUGUUUUGUUAAAAACUACUAAAAUCGCGAUAAAUAAAUAACCGAAUGAUUCAAGACAUACAAUUUUACACACGAUAUUGUACAAGCGGAGAAAAUUCAUACCUCGAAACCUACUCGUCCGAUUUCAGCUGAAUUCGGAGAAUAAAACGCGAAAUUAGACAAAAACCACGUCUAAUUUAAUUUGGCACAAACAGUGCUCUCAAAGUAUCUUAUCUUAAGGAGCCAAUAGUUGUCGAAAUCGAGUUUUAAUUUUUCAAGAACCCAAAAACCAAAUAUGUAGACCUCAGUCUGUAUGGCUGUCUUUUUGCUGAAUAUAUAGGUCAAUUUAUGAGAUAUCCUCGUUUAUGGAGGAUGGAGUCAUGUGUAGAAGUUCACGCAAGUGAGGAAAGUUCUCUGAUCGCCAUUCACUUGGGAGUGGCCAGAAACGAUUCUUUUACAUAUGACUCAAGCAGCUCACGACUUCCGGUCUUUGACCAAGUAUCCUCUGGGUAGCCUAAGAACAUCCGUUUGAAGGCGAGCUAAAGUGAGAAGGCGAAAUAUCCCCUACUUAGGGUUGUGCGCCGGGUUUGGGACCCGCCACGUAAAAAAGCACACCCAAUGAAAAAGCAAACACAGCCUCGGAUGAGAGACCCCCCUUUUGAUGACGACCAUGGCAAACGAAAUAAGGAUUAUGAUUUGAGGGCAUGCACUUGGAAUGUCCGGUCCCUUAAUUGGGAAGGUGCCGCUGCCCAGCUGGUAGAUGUCCUCGUGAAAAUAAAGGCUGACAUCACCGCCGUCCAAGAAAUGCGAUGGACGGGACAAGGACAGAGACAAAUAGGUCCUUAUAGCAUUUACUACAGUGGCCAUAUAAAGGAGCGCAAGUUUGGUGUUGGAUUCGUGGUGGGAGAGAGACUCCGUCGCCGAGUACUAUCAUUCACUCCGGAGAAUGAACGUCUAGCCACAAUCCGCAUCAAAGCGAGGUUCUUCAACAUAUCGCUGAUUUGCGCCCACGCCCCGACGGAAGAGAAGGACGAUGUGACCAAAGAUGCUUUUUAUGAGUGCUUGGAGCGCACUUAUGAGAGAUGCCCCCGCCACGAUGUCAAAAUAGUGCUUGGCGACUUCAACGCCAGGGUGGGCAAAGAAGGUAUCUUUGGCACUACGGUCGGUAAAUUCAGCCUCCAUGAGGAAACAUCCCCAAAUGGGUUGAGGCUGAUCGACUUCGCCGGGGCCCGAAAUAUGGUUAUCUGUAGUACUAGAUUCCAGCAUAAGAAGAUACAUCAAGCUACCUUGCUGUCUCCGGAUCGAAAAACCACCAACCAGAUCGAUCAUGUUGUGAUAGACGGAAGACACGUCUCCAGUGUUUUAGAUGUGCGUGCGCUCCGAGGUCCUAACAUCGACUCGGACCACUAUCUUGUUGCAGCCAAUAUUCGCACCCGCCUCUGUGCAACAAAAAACGCACGCAAACAAACACAAGGAAGGUUCGACGUCGAGAAGCUGCAAUCACAACAGACAGCCGAACGAUUUUCUACUCGGCUUGCACUCCUGCUCUCUGAGAGCACUCGUCAACAACUCGGUAUAAGGGAACUGUGGGACGGCAUUUCAAACUCCUUACGUACAGCUGCAACCGAAACCAUUGGUUUUCGGAAAGUGCAAAAGAACAGCUGGUACGACGACGAGUGCCGUGUCGCAGCGGAGAGAAAACAGGCUGCCUACCUCGAAACGUUACGAUCGACUGCAACACGUGCGGGAUGGGAUAGAUACCGAGAGUUGAAGAGGGAAGCGAGACGCAUUUGCAGACAGAAGAAGAAAGAGGCCGAAAUGCGUGAGUACGAACAGCUUGAUAAGCUGGCCGACAGGGGUAAUGCUCGAAAAUUCUACGAAAAAAUGCGGCGACUUACAGAAGGUUUCAAGACCGGAAUACUCCUGUAGAACCCCCAAAGGUGAUCUAGCCACCGAUGCCCAGAGCAUACUUAGAUUAUGGAGGGAACACUUCUCCAGCCUGCUGAAUGGCAGCGAACACAUAACACCAGGAGAAGGCGAACCCGAUUCCCCAAUCGAUGACGAUGGAGCAGACGUUCCAUUGCCCGGCCAUGACGAAGUUCGAAUAGCAGUAGCCCGCCUGAAGAACAACAAAGCGGCAGGGGCCGACGGAUUGCCGGCCGAGCUAUUCAAACACGGCGUCGAAGAACUGAUAAGGAGCAUGCAUCAGCUUCUUUGCAAAAUAUGGUCGGAUGAGAGCAUGCCCAACGAUUGGAAUUUAAGUGUGCUAUGCCCAAUCCAUAAAAAAGGAGACCCCACAAUCUGCGCCAACUACCGUGGGAUUAGCCUCCUCAACAUCGCGUACAUGGUUCUAUCGAGCGUAUUGUGUGAAAGAUUAAAGCCCACCGUCAACAAACUGAUUGGACCUUAUCAGUGUGGCUUCAGACCUGGUAAAUCAACAACCGACCAGAUAUUCAUCAUGCGCCAAAUCUAGGAAAAGACCCGUGAAAGGAGAAUCGACACUCACCACCUAUUCGUCGAUUUCAAAGCUGCUUUCGACAGCACGAAAAGGAGCUGCCUUUAUGCCGCGAUGUCUGAAUUUGGUAUCCCCGCAAAAUUAAUACGGCUGUGUAAACUGACGUUGAGCAACACGAAAAGCUCCGUCAGGAUCGGGAAGGACCUCUCCGAGCCGUUCGAUACCAAACGAGGUUUCAGACAAGGCGACUCCCUAUCGUGCGACUUCUUCAAUCUGCUGCUGGAGAAAAUUAUUCGAGCUGCAGAACUUAAUCGAGCAGGUACAAUCUUUUAUAAGAGUGUACAGCUGCUGGCGUAUGCCGAUGAUAUUGAUAUCAUCGGUCUCAACACCCGCGCCGUUAGUUCUGCUUUCUCCAGACUGAACAAGGAAGCAACGCAAAUGGGUCUGGCAGUGAACGAAGGCAAGACGAAAUAUCUCCUGUCAUCAAACAAACAGUCGUCGCACUCGCGACUUGGCACUCACGUCACUGUUGACAGUCAUAACUUUGAAGUUGUAGAUAAUUUCGUCUAUUUAGGAACCAGCAUUAACACCACCAACAAUGUCAGCCUAGAAAUCCAACGCAGGAUUACUCUUGCCAACAGGUGCUACUUCGGACUGAGUAGGCACUUGAAAAGUAAAGUCCUCUCUCGACGAACAAAAACCAAACUCUAUAAGUCGCUCAUAAUUCCCGUCCUGCUAUAUGGUGCAGAGGCUUGGACGAUGACAACAACCAAUGAGUCGACGUUGCGAGUUUUCGAGAGAAAAGUUCUGCAAAAGAUUUAUGGUUCUUUGCGCGUUGGCCACGGUGAAUAUCGCAUUCGAUGGAACGAUGAGCUGUACGAGAUAUACGACGACAUUGACAUAGUUCAGCGAAUUAAAAGACAGCGGCUACGCUGGCUAGGUCAUGUUGUACGGAUGGAUGAAAACACUCUAGCUCUGAAAGUAUUCGACGCAGUACCCGUCGCGGGAAGCAGAGGAAGAGAAAGACCUCCACUCCGUUGGAAGGACCAAGUGGAGAAGGACCUGGCUUCGCUUUGAAUAUCCAAUUGGCGAUACGUAGCGAAGAGAAGAAACGACUGGCACGCUGUUGUUGACUCGGCUAUAAUCGCGUAAGCGGUAUCUACGCCAGUAAAAAAGAAGAAGAAGUUAAUGUUUUUAAGUAUAUGCUUUUGAUUUCACCUGCAACCUUUUGCUCCUCUCUUCGUUAUUCACGUUAUUUUACCAAACAUGCAAUUUUUUGUGUGUAAUUUUCUUAAUUUUUUAUACAUAUUUACGUUUAAAUUUUAUUAUUUUUUAUGUUUUUUUCGUGAUAUAUAUCAGUUUUAUCAAAUGUUUGUUACUACUACUCGGUAUAAACUUUAACGCCUAUGUACAUAUACGAGUAUAUUUUUGAAUUGUGGCGUUUAGAAAAUGUGUGAAGUAAUAUCACUUAUCACCGAAACAAAUUGAAUAAGGCAUCAGUAUCUACUCAUUAGAAGCUUUGUUGACAAAAAAUUUGAUAUUAACUUUUUACCCUACUUUGAGAAAAAAAAAUUAUUGGACCAAACUAUGAAUGUAAUUAAUGAACGCAAUGAGUUAGUUCUCUUAUUACCUAUUAUUAAUAGGAAAAUGUUGCUUUUUUGGCAGUUUUUCUGGGCAGAGCGAAUAUAAGUAGAAACUUGAAAAUAAUAAUUUGGAAGACAAUAAUUUAUUCGUCACGACAUAUGUAUGUCCCUCUACAACUAAUAAUAAAAUCGCAAAGUGAUGAUGAGCACAAAAAAAUUUGGAAAAACUCUAGACCGUCGUCCACCCGCUAUUACCGUCCUGUUCGAAUUCAAUUUCAAAAGGAAUCAGUUCAAUAAACCCUAAAUGCACUCGAUUUGCGCUAGAUCCUGCGAGGAAAUUAACUUCAAAAUAUUCCUGGUUCACAAAAUUUCAAUUCACGCUAUCGUUGUUAUUCAAUAUGCACCAGUUUUAAUUGGAGAACUCUCAGAAGAAUCUGCUGACUAAAGCAAUAAGGACUUUAAGAUGUAUCGACUUCAUCAUACAAGAAAGAACUAACGGGCCGCUACAAAUCAGGACUUGCUAAACCGAUUACUUUUGAGCUUAGAUGCUUUAAUCACCAGUCAAAGAUAACUAUCAUGCAAAAUUAAAUCAAUUUUUUUAAAAUCAGUUUUAUAUUUAGUUAAAUAAUAUUCAAAAAAUUCCUUUCUUUGCUUAUCAACUUUUUUAAUUUAAUAUAAUUAAUUAAAAUUCGUUACUAUCGCGGGUGGCGGAGUGGGAAACGGGAGAGGGACAUUUUAAAAAGCUUUGGCAAAAGUUUCACUUUUAUAUAGGCAGUGGAAGUAUUCUGCAUAUGUUGUACAAUAAUUAGGUUAGGUAAUAGUGGCCCGCUAUCAAGUGAUUAUCUUGAGUAUAGCCAGAUGGAGGCUCAGUUUAAUUCGAGCUGAAGUAUUCGUCAUACACGACGUAAAUCUCGUUUAGUUUCUUGAACUGCACAGUUUUUACAUAUCUAAGACGAGCUCUAGAUGAGGCUGGAUAAAAGCAAAGGAGGUGUUUCAGGGUAUUUCUCUUACCUUCACUUCCUGAAUGUACCAGUAAGUUGUGACCUGCUAUUAAGUAAGCCAAAGUUUUCGUUAUUACAAAUGAUUUUGGCUAUUCUGUAUGUUCUUAAGGCAAUCCAUCGCAUUUCGAAAAGUUUAUUAGGUAUCGAUAUUUCGUACAAUACUUAAACUACCGCUGGUUUAACGAAGCCUUUGUUUUGUCAAAACAUGCGAAGUUCAAGAUAAAAAUAUAGCAGCGUUCGCAACAUCGAAUAAUAAAAUUAUUUGUGUUCGAAAUAUGGAAACUUUAAUUAGAUAAUUUUGAUGAUUCGUUAAACGUUAUACUGGACGAUACUGAGUAAUUGGAUUUUAGAACCAUAUAUAAGGGAAUUCGUAAAAAAGUUUAUGAAAUUAUUAUUAUUAUUCAGUGCUUAAUUUUCUAUGUAUAUACAUACUUAUGUACAUAAAUAAUUUAACUUCAUAGGCCAUAGUAUUUAAAUAUACAUACAAGUACGAGUAUAUGCCCACAAGAGUCCGGAGGUAUGUAACGGGUGAUUUUUUUGAGGUUAGGAUUUUCAUGCAUUAGUAUUUGACAGAUCACGUGGGAUUUCAGACAUGGUGUCAAAGAGAAAGAUGCUCAGUAUGCUUUGACAUUUCAUCAUGAAUAGACUUACUAACGAGCAACGCUUGCAAAUCAUUGAAUUUUAUUACCAAAAUCAGUGUUCGGUUCGAAAUGUGUUUCGCGCUUUACGUAUCGACAAAUUUUGUUCAGCGAUGAGGCUCAUUUCUGGUUGAAUGGCUACGUAAAUAAGCAAAAUUGCCGCAUUUGGGGUGAAGAGCAACCAGAAGCCGUUCAAGAACUGCCCAUGCAUCCCGAAAAAUGCACUGUUUGGUGUGGUUUGUACGCUGGUGGAAUCAUUGGACCGUAUUUUUUCAAAGAUGCUGUUGGACGCAA